GACCCAAAAAUAAACAACCUAAACCCAAGUCGUCGAGGGACUCAAAAGCCCUCAACUCCCGCGGCAACAGCCUCCUUCCCCCUCUUCAUUCGAUACCAGCUAUCGGCGGAGUUCCAAAGUUUCCAACUUUUUGUAAUCUUUUUGUUCGUUGUUCUCUGCCCAAAAAACCCUCUUCUUCUUCUGCAUUGGUUUCCUGAAAAAUUUACAUAUAGGAAGAGGAAGCAGAGUCUCAGAGUAGGAAAGUCGGGUUCUGGAGGUAAUUGCGAACCGGGUACGGAAAACCACCCAGAAAGAUGGGAAUGAAGGACAAGAAGAAGACCCAUAAGAGCAAGAAGGCUGCCCAGCCAAAUUUGGAGAUUGUUGAAAAGGAUAAAAUGUUAGGAUCGGCAGAGAUGAGAAAGAGAAAAAGGGUGAAGGAAAGCGAUGCUGACUCUCAAAAGGUUGUCCAAGUCUCUGUUGAAGUAGAUAAUUCAGCCAAACCAGCCAAAGAUAAGAAAAAGACAAAACUAACAAAGAAAAGGAAAAUAAAGAAUGCGAAGAAUUAUGUAGCUGUGGAAAGCGAGAAUGAUCACCCAAAUACGGAGACUGAUGACGAUUGUAAUGAAAUAAAUGAUGAUGGAGUUGCCAAUCAGAGCCGAUUCGAAACUCAGGAAGAGAUUGAAAUUGGUGAAGUGUUCACUGAGGCUGGUAAGUCAAAGAAAGCUAAGAAAAAGAAAAAGAAGGAUCGUAAUCCAUUAGAGUUUGUGAAGUCGCUGGAAAAGGAAAUAGAAGCUGGUCGGGAGAUCUGCUCAAGAGGAAUACCAAGCGUAUCCAAGAAAGCUUUGAAAAAGAAAAAGAGGGAUCUUGAUUCAUCAAAGUCCACAAAGACAAUGGAAACGGAAGUAGAAGCUGAUCAGGCUGAUGUUUACCUUAUUUCUUCGGGGGAUGAGGACUCUUCGAAAGGAAUGAAAAAAUGGGUUACGGAAUACCAUCAAAGUAGACCUGGAUUGAAGGAACUGCAGCAAAGAAUCGAUCAGUUUAUGGUUGAACAUGAUGAAAAACUGGAACAGGAAAAGAAAGAGAGAGAAGCCCGUGCUGCAGAGGGAGGAUGGACAGUUGUAGUACAUCAUAAAGGAAGGAAGAAGACCACGGAUGCUGAGAGUGGAAUUACAGUAGGGUCUGUCGCCCAGGCGGCUUUGGAGGACAAGGUGGCCAAGAAGAAACAAACCGAAGUUGUUGGGCUAGAUUUUUACCGGUUCCAAAGGAAAGAAGCUCAGAGGAAUGAAAUUAUGAUGCUCCAGAGCAAGUUUGAGCAAGAUAAAAAGCGGAUACAGCAGUUAAGAGCGGCUAGGAAGUUUCGACCUUACUGAACACCCGAAAGUUUGUACGAAGAAAAGCCAGGAAUCAAUUGCUCUCAUUCAUAAUGUCGAGACAUGAGUAGUACAAUGCACAUUGCAUAACAGUUUUGCGCCCACUACUUGGUUUUCCGCUUGUUUUUAUCAAAUGUAGUGACAUCCAUGUUGAAUUCUUUUCACAUUUCUCAUGCAUUAAGAUUGGAAUUCAUCGAC